AUGACUGUGGAACAAAUUUCUAAUGUUUCAAGUUCAUCUUCAUCUCCAAAGUCUGUUUUACCAGAAAGGAUCCUAUUAGAUCAAUCACCGUCAAAUCUCAAUCAACAGAUGCACAUAGCAGUUUCAGAAUCUGAUAUGGAGGAGAGGAUAGUAAGAAACAAGUUGCUGGAUGAGCAAGUACUUGAAAAUUUAGCUCUCACUGCACCUCAAAAUGUACAUCAUGUAACACAUCAUCCAUCUAUUGACAGCAAGUACGAAAAAUCUGAGGAAUCGGAAAAACCUCCAAGGGAAUUUACGCAAGAUGCUAAUGGCAACUCAGGAUCCAAAGAUUUGACAGAACACAGAACUGCAGCUAACCCACCAGAACCUACUGUUGAUCAUGUAGACAUGCCUGUCACUACUGCAGGAGGAGAGGCUCUCCUGCAGAACUCUACAUCAAUUAAUUAUGCAAUAGCUAAUGGCAUGGUGAGCAUGGAAAAGCAUGAGCUUGUUAAUGGUGGUGAAGGUGAACCCUGA